GAAGCAUUGGUACACAGCCGUCACAGCCAGCCGGCUUGCAGGAUGGAAGAGGUGGCUGCCGAUCACGAACCACAGUGUUCUCAGGCGGGUGGCCGAUGCUCUUCGGGAGUUUGACCGAAGCUGGGUCGACUUCGAAGUUGGUUACGUCGCGGAGCUCAUCGCCAUCGAAGCCCACGCCAGGAAGCCCGUGGAGCUGGCGAUUGCCCUGGAGCAGCAACUCUCGGGUCUGGAGGGCUUGGCGCGACAUCUCCGAAGGAGGCGACAGCAAGCAGCCGAGCGGCGCGACGGGAGCAGUCGCAGGAAGCGCCCUUCGCUCAGCUCGGACGAGAGCCUCCUCAGCCA